AUGAAUAGCUUGACAUUGAAAAGUGAGGAAGCAACAAUUACAAAGACGCCAAGGGAUUAUUUGAAGGCGAAAUCGCCAAAGAGAAGCGUGAACUAUCUAGUAGCACACGCCGGAGAGGAUGAAUCGAUUGAGAGACAAGAAAAUGAAGACGACGACGGAAGAGCAAGUGUUGAGGACGACGACGAAGAGGACGAAUUAAUGUCGUCCGAUUAA